AUGCCCCGUCCAGGCCCCGUCCAUGCUCCAGUCCACGCCCCAGUCCCCAUGCCCAGUCAUGCCCCGUCCAUGCCCCAGUCCGUGCCCCAGUCCGUGCCCCCGUCCGUGCCCCCGUCCACGCCCCAGUCCAUGCCCCGUCUAUGCCCCCGUCUGUGCCCCAGUCCGUGCCCCAGUCCGUGCCCCAGUCCACGCCCCAGUCCAGGCCCCGUCUAUGCCCGUCCAGGCCCCGUCUAUGCCCCCGCCCCGUCCAUGCUCCAUCCACGCCCCGUCCAUGCCCGCUAUGCCCCGUCCAUGCCCAGUCCGUGCCCCAGUCCAUGCCCCGUCUAUGCCACCCCCGUCCAUGCCCGUCUAUGCCCCCGUCCCCAGUCCGUGCCCAGUCCGUGCCCCAGUCCGUGCCCCAGUCCGCCCCGUGCCCCCCAGCCCGUCCAUGCCCAGUCCACGCCCCAGUCCAUGCCCCGUCUAUGCCCCCGUCCAUGCCCCCCGUGCCAGUCCGUGCCCCCCGUCCCCGUGCCCCAGUCCAUGCCCCCCAGCCCCAUGCCCCAGUCCGUGUCCAGUCCGUGCCCCAGUCCAUGCCCCAGUCCGUGCCCCAGUGCCCCGUGCCCCAGUCCAUGCCCCCGUCCGUGCCCCAGUCCGUGCCCCAGUCCAUGCCCCGUCUAUGCCCCCGUCUGUGCCCCAGUCCGUGCCCCAGUCCAUGCCCCGUCUAUGCCCCCGUCUGUGCCCCAGUCCGUGCCCCAGUCCAUGCCCCGUCUAUGCCCCCGUCCGUGCCCCAGUCCACGCCCCAGUCCAUGCCCCGUCUAUGCCCCCGUCUGUGCCCCAGUCCGUGCCCCAGUCCGUGCCCCAGUCCGUGCCCCAGUCCAUGCCCCCGUCCAUGCCCCAGUCCACGCCCCAGUCCAUGCUCCAGUCCGUGCCCCCGUCCACGCCCCGUCCACGCCCCAGUCCAUGCUCCAGUCCGUGCCCCCGUCCAGGCCCCGUCCAUGCUCCAGUCCACGCCCCCACGCCCGUCCAUGCCCCCGUGCCCCCAGCCCCGUCCACGCCCCAGUCCGUGCCCCGUCCAUGCCCAGUCCGUGCCCCCGUCCAUGCCCCAGUCCGUGCCCCCGUCCAUGCCCCAGUCCGUGCCCCGUCAUGCCCCCGUCCACGCCCCCCCCAGUCCAUGCCCCCCGUCCAUGCCCCAGUCCGUGCCCCAGUCCAUGCCCCCGUCCGUGCCCCAGUCCAUGCCCCCGUCCGUGCCCCAGUCCGUGCCCCAGUCCAUGCCCCGUCUAUGCCCCCGUCUGUGCCCCAGUCCGUGCCCCAGUCCGUGCCCCAGUCCACGCCCCAGUCCAUGCCCCGUCUAUGCCCCCGUCUGUGCCCCAGUCCAUGCCCCAGUCCGUGCCCCCGUCCACGCUCCAGUCCACACCCCAGUCCGUGCCCCCGUCCAUGCCCCAGUCCGUGCCCCCGUCCACGCCCCAGUCCAUGCCCCAGUCCAUGCCCCGUCCGUGCCCCAGUCCGUGCCCCAGUCCGUGCCCCCGUCCAGGCCCCGUCUAUGCCCCGUCCAGGCCCCGUCCAUGCUCCAGUCCACGCCCCAGUCCAUGCCCCGUCUAUGCCCCCGUCCAUGCCCCAGUCCGUGCCCCAGUCCGUGCCCCCGUCCGUGCCCCCGUCCACGCCCCAGUCCAUGCCCCGUCUAUGCCCCCGUCUGUGCCCCAGUCCGUGCCCCAGUCCAUGCCCCAGUCCGUGCCCCAGUCCAUGCCCCCGUCCGUGCCCCAGUCCAUGCCCCCGUCCGUGCCCCAGUCCGUGCCCCAGUCCAUGCCCCGUCUAUGCCCCCGUCUGUGCCCCAGUCCGUGCCCCAGUCCGUGCCCCAGUCCACGCCCCAGUCCAUGCCCCGUCUAUGCCCCCGUCCAUGCCCCAGUCCGUGCCCCAGUCCGUGCCCCCGUCCGUGCCCCCGUCCACGCCCCAGUCCAUGCCCCGUCUAUGCCCCCGUCUGUGCCCCAGUCCGUGCCCCAGUCCGUGCCCCAGUCCGUGCCCCAGUCCAUGCCCCAGUCCGUGCCCCAGUCCAUGCCCCCGUCCGUGCCCCAGUCCGUGCCCCAGUCCACGCCCCAGUCCACGCCCCAGUCCAUGCCCCGUCUGUGCCCCAGUCCAUGCCCCAGUCCGUGCCCCAGUCCGUGCCCCAGUCCACGCCCCAGUCCAUGCCCCGUCUAUGCCCCCGUCUGUGCCCCAGUCCAUGCCCCAGUCCGUGCCCCAGUCCAUGCCCCAGUCCACGCCCCCGUCCACGCCCCCGUCCACGCCCCGUCCACGCCCCCGUCCAUGCCCCAGUCCGUGCCCCCGUCCACGCCCCCGUCCAUGCCCCGUCCAUGCCCCAGUCCAUGCCCCCGUCCACGCCCCAGUCCAUGCCCUUGUCCACGCCCCCGUCCACGCCCCCGUCCACGCCCCAGUCCAUGCCCCCUUCCAUGGGCUCCUGGAUGA